AUGAGCGAGCAGGACAUCAAGGAGCUCACAGCCUUGAAUCUGGCGUAUCUUCACUCCGACGAAUAUAGCGAUGUGGCUCGGUACGAGGAGAUGCUCACCGAAGACUUCCACGCAUCUCUGCCCGACUACAGCCUGCUGAAUCGAAAGGAGUUUCUCGACAUGAUUGGCAAGCCACGGCCGUUUACGGAGCUGCAGUGCCAGGACGUUAAGAUCCGCGUCCUGCCCGGUACCAAGUUUGCCCUGAUCCACGCUCGCAUGGCAUAUCGUACGAAAAGCGACGGCGUCGUUCGGCACGGUCGCUACACGGACGAAUACCAAGAGAGAAACGGGAAGUGGAUGUGUGUCGGCGGCAACGUGAUUGCCGAAAAGCUCUAG